GGUGUGUUUGGGGAGAGUGAGAGAGUGAACUGUAGGAGGUACAGCUCAUUAUCCUGGACUAACCCUCACCCUCUCUCUUCUCGCUUCUCUUCACUCCACCGCUCAGCAGCACAGCCUAUCUAAAUUCACAAAUAUUUUGUACCAUAUUAUGUUUUAUGCAUUUUAUUUUAAACUGCUCAUUAUCUCAGUGCACACAUUGUAAAGAACAUCUGAAGCGGUUUAAUCUGGGACUAUCAGGGAAAGAAAUGUUCUGGCUGCAGUGUUCCUGUGUUCUGCUGCUCUGGAUUGCAGACUGUGUUAGCGGGAGACAUCCGAGCUGCCACUUCUGGUUUGAGCUGCAGUCAGCAGAGAGAGAAUGCCUGUCCAAGCUGGAGGGAAGUCUGGAGUCUGGAGGCUGCCCAGGCAUGUGGGACAACUUUUCCUGUUGGCACCAUGCAGAGGUGGGUGAAGUGGUCACCAAUUCCUGUCCAGAGGCUCUGAAAAACCUCUUUGGCCAAGAUGGGAACAUCAGCCGAACCUGUACAACUAAAGGCUGGUCAGACUCAUACCCCAGCUUAAACAAUGUCUGUUUUUCUGAAUCCAAACCCAACAAGCAGGUGUUUUACAUGGUGGUGAAGACGCUGUACACACUGGGACACAGUCUGUCUCUCAUCGCUCUCCUCACUGGCAGUGCCAUCCUGUGUCUUUUCAGGAAGCUCCACUGCACCAGGAACUACAUCCAUCUGAAUCUGUUCUUCUCCUUCAUCCUGAGAUCUGUAGCUGUGUUGACAAAGGACGCCAUUUUAUUUUCUCACAGUGAGAACACACAGUGUGACAAACAGCCCUCACUGAUUGGGUGUAAAGCCAGUCUGGUCAGUUUUCACUACUUCAUUAUGGCUAAUUUCUUCUGGCUGCUGGUGGAAGGUCUGUACCUUCACACUCUACUGAUGGUGAUCUUCUCCAAGAAUCACCACUUUCUCAUCUAUCUCUUUAUCGGAUGGGGAUUCCCGACAGUUUUCGUGACAGUGUGGAUAAUUUGUAGGAUUUAUCUGGAGGACACGGGAUGCUGGGAAAGAAAUGAAGCCAUGAUUCCUUGGAGGGUGAUCGACUGGCCAGUCAUGGCCUCUGUUAUAAUCAACUUCAUUCUGUUCAUCAGCAUCAUUCAGAUUCUGGUUCAGAAGCUGCGGUGUCCGGAUGUAGGGGGAAACGAACAGAGUCAGUACAGGAGGCUGGCGAAGUCAACGCUGUUGUUGAUUCCACUCUUUGGGGUUAAUUAUGUGGUGUUUGUAUACAUGAGAGAAGAGAGUCAAAAUGACAUAUUCAAAGACUAUAAAAUAUUCUUUGACCUUGGUCUUGGCUCUUUCCAGGGACUGGUUGUUGCCAUUUUAUAUUGCUUUCUCAACAGUGAGGUCCAGAGUGAGCUAAAGAGGAAGUGGAGGAGUGUGUGUCUGAAGCGUUACAUCAAUCGAGACUACAGGCUGCACGGUUCAUCCAUCUCUAGAAAUGGCAUGGACAACGUGGCACUUUUUCUUCGUAACUCUAGAGCUCAGUCAUUCCUACAGACCACUGAAACCACUGUGUGAGCCUGGACACACUCUCUCUCUCUCUCUCUCUCUCUCUCUCUCUCUCUCUCUCUAUCUAUCUCUCUCUCUCUCUCUAUCUCUCUCUCUCUAUCUCUCUCUCUCACACACACACACACACACACACCAGGACCAGCUGUACAGAAAACAGGACAUAGGAGGUCCAGUGCACUUUACUACAUAUAAGUUAUUUGUGCCUUUGUUUUGUUAUGCAACGAUAAAUUUCAGAAACUGGAUUUCUCAAGUUGUUUUCAAUUAUUUAUUCUAUGCCAAAUGUUUCUGUCUUCUCUUGUGCUGGACCUUUUUUGUAAUCCUUUUUUGGAGUCAUUUUGUAAUCAAUUACUUAAUUUAAAAUAAACAGAUUGAGGCAUGCAUGGGAUAUUGCUGUAUUUAACAAUGACAGAUUGAUAAUUAAAAAUAUAUUUUUAGGCCAAAUGUGAAAAACUAGGUGAUUAAUUGAAAAAUUAAACAUUAUUUGAAUAUUUAA